GCUUUGAUUCUUGGACAGAAAUUCCCCAUGUGUGUCAAAAAAGGCAUGAAAAUCUCUAGUGCAGCUAUCACUACAAUUUGUCUUUCAAAUUCAAACAAAACCCAGUGCAAGUGUGAGAAUCAAUAUGUUUGGUCCACUAAACAAUGCUCUAAACAUGGCAUUUGUGGCCCUGAUCAAAAUGAUACCUGUAGAUGCAACGCUUCUCUUCCAACUGAUGGGACGUUUUGCUCCCGACCACAUGCUCCACUGAAGUCGUUCAAAUACAGCAUUAACAUAAAAAUCAAUGCUUCAAGACACACUAUGAUAGAGCACUUGAGGGCUUUGAUUCUUGGACAGAAAUUCCCCAUGUGUGUCAAAAAAGGCAUGAAAAUCUCUGAUGCGACCAUCACUACAGUGUGUCUCUCAAAUGCGAACAAAACCCAGUGCAAGUGUGAGAAUCAGUAUGUUUGGUCCUCUAAACAAUGCUCUAAACAUGGCGUUUGUGGCCCCAUUCAAAAUGAUACCUGCAGAUGCAUCGCUUCUCUUCCAAACGACGGGACAUUCUGCAGACGAACACCUGCUCCACUGAAGUCAUUCAAAUACACCAUUGACAUAAAAAUCAAUGCUUCAAGAGAAGCUGUGAUAGAGCGCUUCAGGACUUUGAUUCUUGGACAGAAAUUCCCCAUGUGUGUCAAAAAAGGCAUGAAAAUCUCUAGUGCAGCUAUCACUACAAUGUGCCUCUCCAAUUCGAGCAAAACAUGUCCCAUACCUUCAACCAUAAUCCCAACAAUAAUAAGUGUAUCUACACCAUCAGUUCCAACAGCAACAAGUACCACAAGAGAUGUUACAAGUCUUUCAACCCAGAUCCCAGACACAGCUGAGAGUACAACAAUAACAAGUCCUCCAACAGUAGAAACACCAAGUGUCACAAGCCUUUCAACCCUAAACCCAAAUACAGCUGAGAGUACAACAAUGACCAGUCCUUCAACAUCUACUCUAAUAGCAGAAACGACUAGCUUGACUAUCCCUGCAACCUCAAAGACAACUGAGAGGACAACAGCAGUAACAAGUGAUCUGACUUUUACUCCAACAGCAGAAACAAUAAAUCCAACACUGGAACCAGUGACAACACCGAAAUCAGCAACAAUGCCGAAACCAGUAACAACACCAGAACCAUCAACAACACCAAAACCAGCAACAACGCUGGAACCAGCAACAACUCUGAAACCAGCAACAACGGCGGAACCAGUAACAAUGCCGAAACCAGCAACAAUGCCAAAACCAGUAACAACGCCAAAACCAGCAACAAUGCCGAAACCAGCAACAACGCCGAAACCAGUAACAACGCCAAAACCAGCAACAACUCCAAAACCAGUAACAACGCCAAAACCAGCAACAACUCAGAAACCAGCAACAACACCGAAACCAGUAACAACGCCAAAACCAGCAACAACGCCAAAACCAGCAACAACUCAGAAACCAGCAACAACUCAGAAACCAGCAACAACUCAGAAACCAGCAACAACUCAGAAACCAGCAACAACGCCGAAACCAGCAACAACUCCAAAACCAGCAACAACUCCAAUACCAGUAACAACUCCAAAACCAGUAACAACGCCAAAACCAGCAACAACUCAGAAACCAGCAACAACUCCAAAACCAGUAACAACGCCAAAACCAGCAACAACUCCAAAACCAGCAACAACUCCAAAACCAGCAACAACUCAGAAACCAGCAACAACUCAGAAACCAGCAACAACUCCAAAACCAGUAACAACGCCAAAACCAGCAACAACUCAGAAACCAGCAACAACACCGAAACCAGCAACCGCACCGAAACCAGUAACAGUGCCGAAACCAGUAACAACACCAAAACCAGCAACAAAGCCAAGUCCAGUAACAACAGUACCAAUAACACCACCACCACAGUCUGUAAAUCGUCAGAUGUCACUGUCAAUAGACGAGACUUAUGAUGCAAGCCUGAAUAACCAGAACAGUGACAAAUUCAAGAAAUACAAAGAGGAUAUUGAGAAGGCAAUUCAUAGCAGCUACAACAAUGUAAAAGGUUUCGUUUCUGCUACUGUCACUGGUUUUAGGCCUGGAAGUGUGAUCGUAGACUUCUUUAUUACGUCAUCUGAGGAGAUAAAGACUUCUGGGCAGAUAAGCGAAGCACUUCAAACCAACAUGAAAGACCUCAAUUUCAAUAUUGAUCCACUUUCAGUCGCUCAAACUGAUAACAAAGACAUGCGUGAAAGAGGUGCUGUGUUUCCGGAACAAGAUAUUACACUCUUCUGCCCUGCUACCAACCAUAUUGGAACUAUAGACUGGAGAUUUCAAGGAGACAUAAUACAGCCAAGCAGUCAUUAUAUUUUCUUACAAGGUCAACUCUACCUCAAAGUCAAGAGUGUUAACAUCAAUGAUAAUGGGCGUUACGAAUGUUUAUACAAUACAAACACAGGGCCACAUAUUACUUGGGACAGAAUUGACUAUAUUAAGCCAUAUCCUAGUAUGCGAGUGCCUACUAACAAGACAUACAAAUGUGAAAAUCAGGAGGUUGCACUCGACUGCUGUGUGCAUUCUGAUUACUUAGUACGUUGGGUGCAGGACAUAAAAAACAGCAAAAUGGAUUCUCUGAGAUGUAUUACAGAAAAGAUUCAAAUCACAGCUGAAAGUUCAUGUGAUAAAUCUAUCGUAUACACCUGCAAACUGGACAACGCAGCUCUUCUUGGAUUUUCAUAUAGUUCACGGUCUGUGCAACUGGUUGUUUCCAAACCUAUACAGCAACUCCCAAACAACCCUGUCACAUGCAAUAAUGACAUAUAUGGUUUUGGAAAAGUUGAUGAGACUGCUAUAGGAGACUGUGAUAAAGACAAAGUUGGCUUUAGAGAAGGAGUGUGUGGUUCUGAUGGCUUUUGGAAAACUGUAAAGGACACCUGUGUGCUUCGUAUCAUUGAGAUACUGGAACAGGAAUCACAGGGUUUAGAUGCUGAAACGUUAACAGACUUUGUGGAUAAAGUGAACAAUGCCACCAAAGACAAUGAAGAAGCAAUUGUUCAAUCUGAAGCUACAGUUUCAGCAAUGGUUGAAAUACUGAACAAUAUUGCAAAUGUCACUCAAACUGUUAUGCUGGAUGAAGAUAUCAUAGAGAAUUUCCUCAGUAUAGUGGUUGUCAUUUCAUCAGAGUCAGUGAAACCUGUAUGGGAACAGCUAAAUUCAAAUGGCGAAAGCCAAGGCAACAGCUCUCAACUCCUGAAUGCCAUUGAAAUUGUUAUAAAAUCAACAUCAGACACCAAUUUCAACAUAACCAGUCCAACCAACUCAUUCCUGUUCAAAAAAGUAACCACAUCUGAAGACUUCAGGGAAGUAUUAAAGCUCAACUCAACAGCUGAAAUAAUCAUCCCGGAUAUUGCAUCUAGUCAUAAAAACGUUACAAUCACAGCAGUGGCCUUCUCCUCCUUGGACAACGUUAUGCCUGCAAGAAAUCGUACCGAUAACCAAAAUACAACUGAAAAUGUCAUCAACGGACUGAUCGUUAUAGUGAAUACAAGCGUAUCUAUCAACAACAUACAGCUAAACUUUGAAAAACUCAGAAAUUCAGUAACUGUAAAUAAUAAGUCAGUAAACCUAGGGAACCCCCAAUGUGUUUUCUGGGACUUCAACCUUUUUAAUAGCUCUGGAGGAUGGGACUCAACAGGAUGUGAGGUCAUACGGGUAAACGACAGAGUCACAUGUCACUGUAAUCACACCACUUCGUUUUCAAUACUGAUGUCCCCUUUUGCUCCUGACGAUCCUGCUUUGUCUGUCAUUACGUACGUUGGUGUUGCUAUUUCAUUAGCAAGCUUGGUUGUGUGCCUUAUCAUCGAAAUGAUCAUCUGGAAGGAAGUAUCUAGAAACUCUACAUCACAUGUUCGGCAUGUAUCCUUAGUCAAUAUUGCUCUUUCUCUCCUGAUCGCUGACAUAUGCUUCAUUAUCGGCGCUGCUAUCGUAAAGCCUGGAACAGACUUUACUAAUUCAUGUAGCGCUGCAGUGUUUUUCACCCACUUCUUCUACCUGUCGCUGUUCUUCUGGAUGCUGGUCUCAGCCCUUCUUCUCCUCUAUCGCACCACAAUGGUCUUCUCUCAGAUUUCCAAAUCGGUCAUGAUGGCAUUAGCCUUUCUUUUGGGCUACGGUGCACCUGUCCUCAUCUCGGUUAUUACCGUCGCCUCCACUGCUGGAAAUAAACACUACGUCACACAGAAUCAAGCAUGCUGGCUGAACUGGGACCAGUCCAAGGCCCUUCUGGCUUUUGUCCUACCAGCGCUGUUCAUUGUGGCUGUCAAUAUAAUUAUUGUGAUAAUAGUUUUGGUGAAAAUGCUCAGGAGGGGAGUGGGAGAGAGCAACAGAGACGAAAAGAACACCUUGGUGAUUAUUCUCAGAUGUGUGGCCAUUUUGACGCCCAUCUUCGGCAUCACUUGGGGUCUUGGCUUGGGCAUCAUGAUAGAGCCUAAAGCUUUGGCCAUCCACUACUUGUUUGCAAUCUUCAACUCCUUGCAGGGCUUCUUCAUACUGGUCCUUGGAACACUGAUGGAAAAGAAGGUUCGGGAGACACUUAAAGACAGACUGAGAAUCACUAGACGCACUGGAUCUCAUGCCACACAUACUUCAAGCUCUGGAGCCCAUUCCUACGGCAGAAGCAGUUCUUCCAACAGAACGACUCUUACCGAUGUUCUCAACACCCUUAUGAGAAGAGGGAGGCAUGCUGGGGCAAAUUCCUCACACAACUCUAGAGCAUCAGAAAGUUUUCUAAAUGCUUAACAGGACAGACAGGCGCCUUAAUUUCCUGUCAGUGCAUCUUUGUAAUGCUGGGUCCAGUGCCACAGGCACAACUUCAUACUGAAAAAGUUUGAUUUCUGUCUUUCCAAAUGUUUGACUAUAACUUGAAUAUUCAGUACUUUUUUCCUGUUUUCUAUUAUUGAUCCUGAUCGACCAAUUUACAAUAAAAUAUAUGUUUGUACCAAAUUAAACCUUUUAUGUGUACACACUGUUUUAUGAAAACAGAAAUUACAUUCUGGUUUCUGUCUGAACACUGUUUAGUGUACCAACACCUUUGUCCUUUCUCUAUUAAAUUCAUAAAUGAAAAACAUCUGUUUUUAAUUGUCAUUAUUAGGGGUGCUUGCGAUCAAUUGCUUGAAAAUUGUUCUUUUCAGAAUAC